CGUGAUGCUCGAGUGCCUUGCGUGAAGAUUUGUUUUGGAGACGUUUUGACGUUGUUUGUGUUGUUCAAAAGCUUAGAGGAUUUACUAGAAGACGUUUGUUUAUGUGCUUUCAGAAAAAGUGACUUUAGGGACACAGAAUACAAUGUCAUGUUUUAGAGCUGAUCUCAACUUUUGUCCUGAGUGUGGAAACAUUCUGCCAUUACCUGGUUUCCACAAUUCUAUCAUCUGUCCUCGAUGUUCCUUCAGUAUCCCUGUUAAAGACAUAUUAGGUCAUGUUAUUAAGUCAUCCGUGGUGUUUAAUCCACUGGAUCAGAGUUCCAGCACUGUUGAUAGUGAAGUUGAUGCAGAACUGAAGGGACCCAUUAUUGACAGGAGGUGCUCUCGCUGUAAUAAAGAGGGAAUGGUGUAUCACACGAGACAGAUGAGAUCUGCUGAUGAAGGCCAGACUGUGUUCUUCACCUGCAUACAUUGCAGGUAUCAAGAAAAGGAAGACUCCUAAGAAAACGCAUCACCUCUCCAGCUGUCCAGUUGUUAUUAUCGUCAACAUUAUGUUGGCAGUAUUGUAAACUGUAAACUUACAGUUAAAUACAUGUUUGGAAUUUUUUUAUUGCAAUCCCAAAAUACAAUUAGCAUCCCUUUUGUUUUAUAAACAUUGUAGCUUAUUAAAAAAUAAAGUAUUUAUCAGAA